AUGUCACGAUCCAAGCCGACAGAUACUCGCGACCUGGGACAACUAUCUCUGGACGACCAUGUCGACGAAGACGUAUUUGCGAGUCCAGAGAGCGGUGCGACAACGCAGAAACACACACCGUCAUCCAACAACCCUUCUGCACAGAAACAAGGGCACAACAAAAACGAUACGGACUCGUCUCGCGAAGCACGAUUACAAUCUGAACUAGGCCGCUUGCAAGAGAUAAAUAGCAUCAUAACCUCCGUCACAAGCUCUCUGGAGAAGUCGCGGCAGAACAUGGGUACCGUUCAACAGACGGUCGAGAACGCCAGUACGCUUCUGGGAACGUGGACGAGGAUCUUGAGCCAGACAGAGUAUAAUCAACGAUUGAUCCUGAACCCGAACUGGCAAGGUGCGAGCAGAGAUCUAGAAGAGAUGGAAGGUGAGGAAGUUCGAAGGCGGGAGGAGACCGAGAGAAGAGGCAUCGAGGAGCAGAGACGGCGAGAAGAAGGUUUGAGGAGGGCGGAGGAGGACGAGGCGAGGAGAGCUGCUGCGCCUGCUGUUUCGGCUGGUACGAGGGGUGGGAGAAGUAGGGGGACGAGAGGGGCGAGUACGAGUGCGAGAGGAUAUGUCGGUGUUGGUGGACAGACUGGGCGAGGUAGAGGUACGACUGGGCCGAGUUCGAGAGGUAGCGGGAUCGGGAGAGGUGCUGCGAGUAGUACGAGAGGGAGAGGGAGAGGUCUGGGUUGA